UUGUCUCCGUUGGGUGCAUCACUAUCACUUGUUAGUAGUUAUUGUUUCCCAUGAAACGUAGCUUCGUAGUGCAAACCAAAAUUCUCACUAUAAAUUAUUUCUUCAAAUUUCCUUCACUAUUCUAAAAUCAAAGCAUGGCAGCUUCCUCACUCUGUUCCUCUUUUACCUCCAAAACUUGGAAUCCGCAGAGACCUUAUCACCACAAAACCCUAACCCUAACUGGUUCCUCUUUUCUUCACGGAGACCUUCAGCUUCAACCAGUGUCGUUUUCCACUCGCAGUGCCAAAACUAGGAGGCGCCGAUCGGGUGCGGUAGCCUCGCUCGGAGGUUUGUUAGGCGGCAUCUUCAAAGGCGCCGAUACCGGAGAAGCCACGAGGAAGCAGUAUGCGGCAACCGUUAACCUCAUCAAUGGUUUGGAAUCGGAGAUUUCUGCAUUGUCGGAUUCGGAGCUCAGGGACAAGACUUUUGCACUCCGAGAACGCGCGCAACAGGGCCAGACUUUGGAUUCUCUCUUGCCUGAGGCGUUUGCUGUUGUAAGAGAAGCUUCGAAGAGGGUUCUAGGCCUUCGUCCAUUUGAUGUCCAGCUGAUAGGGGGCAUGGUUCUUCAUAAGGGAGAAAUAGCUGAAAUGAGGACUGGAGAAGGGAAGACCCUGGUUGCUGUUUUGCCAGCUUAUUUAAAUGCAUUAAGUGGGAAGGGAGUUCAUGUUGUUACUGUCAACGAUUAUCUGGCUCGGCGGGAUUGUGAGUGGGUUGGUCAAGUUCCUCGCUUUCUUGGAUUGAAGGUUGGCCUCAUCCAGCAGAAUAUGACAAGUGAGCUAAGAAGGGAAAAUUACUUAUGUGACAUAACGUAUGUCACUAAUAGUGAGCUGGGUUUUGAUUACUUAAGAGACAAUCUUGCCACGAGUGUUGAGGAGCUUGUCAUAAGAGGUUUCAAUUACUGUAUUAUUGAUGAGGUUGAUUCAAUCCUUAUUGAUGAAGCUAGAACUCCACUCAUUAUAUCCGGACCUGCGGAGAAACCCAGUGAUCGAUAUUAUAAGGCUGCAAAGAUAGCAGAAGCCUUUGAACGAGACAUACAUUACACUGUGGAAGAAAAACAAAAAACAGUUCUACUUUCUGAACAGGGUUAUGAAGAUGCUGAAGAAAUUUUAGGGGUCAAAGAUUUAUAUGAUCCACGAGAACAGUGGGCUUCGUAUGUCCUAAAUGCAAUAAAAGCAAAAGAACUAUUUCUUGGAGAUGUAAACUACAUAAUUCGUGGAAAAGAGGUCCUAAUUGUGGAUGAGUUUACUGGUCGAGUUAUGCAGAGGCAUAGAGAAUAA